AUCCUCCCAGGAAAGAGGCAAGGGUGGGAUGCCUUCCAUCCCCAUAAUACAGAUAGGAAAACUGAGGUGACGCACAAGGGAAAGGAUCUGCCUAAGGCCGUGGAGUAAGUGGUAGAGUCAGGACGACCAGGCCGCAGAUCAAGCAGCUCCCAGGUCCUGUGCAAAUGGACGGGGCCGGUCAAGUUAUCCCAGCUGCAGACCAGGAACGGGGAGGGCAGGGCAGGAGGAAGUCACCGGCCAGGACAGGGCCACCUUGCUUCCAGUUCUGCCUGCGUGGACUCAGGGGGGUGGGCAGCAGCCAGCAAACGAGGCCACUCCUGAGCCCACGACCGCUGGGACUUUGAAAUUGCUAACCACAACAGGAUGGGGCCCCCUCUUCCAUCCAUCCCCCUGACCUCUAGCCAAGCCCUGAAGCCUGGCCUCCACCUUCUGACCUGACCGUGGGGACAAGAGCUCAUGGUGGGGGACAAGCUGUGCCAGCGGCUACCAUCUCCCCAACUCAGCCCCUAAGAUAACAUCAAAAGGACAGAAGUUUCCAGUCCAUGCUGGAAUGUGGUUUUCCAGCUGACGCAGACAGAGCCUACUUCUACAGCCCCACUGCCUGGGGAUCUAGGGAGACAGAAGUCACUUCUAGGAGCGUUUUCACUGCUCGUCAAACAAGCUGGAGCCUGCCCGGGGAAAAAACAAUGAAGAAAAAUCCCAAAGCUCAGCUGGCUGAGCUCCCGGCCUCCGGCCUAUCCGAUCUUGGACAAAUGGCCCUGCAGGUCCCCAGGGUCUUGCCUUCCCAGGGGUCCAGCUGUUCUUGGCACUGUCCCUCUGGGUAACAUGGUGGCCGGGGGUGGAGGACAGGGAGCAGAGGGCACGCCCGAGUAGCUAGCGGCAUGGAAACAGACAGACUUGGCCAUGCGGACUCAAGUUCCGCAGUUUCUCUGGGCCUCAGUUGCUGCAUCAGUAAAAUGGGGAUGAGGGAAAGUGCCAAGAAUGAAAAGCCCUCGGCGCAACCCCUGGCUCACAGCCCAGGCGGUGGGAGCUAGCACCGUGAGUUUUGGAAAGGGGUAGGUGAAGGGAAAGGCGGUGGAAAGAGAGAGCUACAGAUUGCUCCCCUAAAACCGCCUGGAAGCAAAGCCCACAGGCCCCAGGCCGGCCCCUCCCCUGGGGACUUGGCCAAAGACCUAGAAGUACAGUUGCAUCACUGAGUAUUCAGGGGUUAAUGAUGGGGAGUGGACAGGACCCAGUAUUUAACUAAUUGGGGAGGUGCCCUGAGAUCAGAGGCACCCCGCUCACUUCCUUCUCCUGCAGCCCUGCUCCUCUGCCCCCUGCUCACCUCCCCUCCCCCCCCAAGGAUGAAGCCUCCCCCUCUUCUGACCUUCCUUUGCCUUCUGGUGGCCCUGGCUGGCGGGAACCUGGUCCAGUUUGGGGUAAUGAUUGAGAGGGUGACGGGGAAGCCGGCACUGCAGUACAAUGAUUACGGCUGCUACUGUGGCGUUGGUGGCUCCCACUGGCCCGUGGAUCCAACAGACUGGUGCUGCCAUGCCCAUGACUGCUGCUAUGGGCGUGUGGAGAAGCUGGGCUGUGAACCCAAACUGGAAAGGUAUCUCUUCUCUGCCAGCAGGCACAACAUCUUCUGCACCGGCAGAACCACCUGCCAGCGUCAGACCUGCGAGUGUGACCGGAGGGCUGCCCUCUGCUUCCGCCGCAACCUGGACACCUACAACCGCAGCUACGUCCGCUACCCCAACAAGCUGUGCAGCGGCCCCACGCCGCCCUGCUAGGGCCUGGCCCCACCUCCUGCCUGCGUCCGGCCUCCAGCUGCUGUAGCCCCGGGGCCUGGGCAGCAAUGACACCACCAGCCCUCCCUCCGGAAAAUUCCUUACCUGCAAACCCAUCCCUCCCUGAGAGCUCCUAGAGUGUGGUCUGGACCGUGGCUGGCCUCCUGGGCCACAUCUUCCCCCCUGCUGGGAACAGCCACCGUGCCCAGGAGCCAAGGGACCCUUUAGCCCCCCGGAGAUUCUAUAACCCAGCCCUGAGAUCUCGGUUUCUGCUUCUGAAUAAGUGAAUAAUGUCCCGUAAUCCUAAUAUUCCCUGAUUCUCAGAUUCUAUCAUUAUAGAAUUUAAUUAGUUUA